CAGAAUCCUGUUUGGACUUGGACUGUUCUAUUUAAUCCAUUCAAACCCUCAAUCCAUCUCAUCAACAUUCUCUGGGCUGAGGGUCUUCAAAUUCUACUCUCCUUCUCACAAUCCUUUAGCAAACUGCCCUAGCAUGGAAUGAGUGUCGAUAACAACAACAUAUCAACAUGGUUCUCUACACCCAGAUACGAGCUCUGACGGAGAAGACGCUCAAAAUCAUCAUCACCCGCCACUUCGUUUCAACCCUCUACAGUGCCCUGGUCCUCCCCAUUAUCCUGUCCGUCUACUUGGGCAUUGGGCAGAAGUUCACCCAACCCAACGACAAGUUCGGCAUUGGCUCUCCAUCUGAUAUCAUUUCUCUCGAAAGUGCCCUCUCCAAAUCAGCCGGCGGUCGAGACACGGUUGUCUUUGUCAACAGUGGCCACACCGGUGGCAAUAUUGAGCAUGUCAUUGGUUCUGUUUCUGAUAUUGUCGAAGGCGCCGGUAAACAUGCAACGAUCAUAAAAGACGAAUCAGACUUGGGAUAUAAUUGCCAGAGCACUAUCCGUGGCACGUCCAACUGCUUCGGUGCUGUGGUAUUUUAUUCAUCUCCGGAUGAGGGCCAUGGUGGCUUCUGGAACUACACCUUACGCGCUGAUGGCGGCCUUGGAAAUAGCUUCCAGACAGACAAAGACGACAAUGACGCCCAGAUAUACGCGCUGCCUCUUCAGAGGGCUGUUGACUCUGCCAUUGCGGGUCUUGAAUCGGGAUCUGCUUUUCCUAAAACGACGCAGCAAUACCCUUAUACCGAGCUGACUGAAGAUGAGCGUCAAGCUGAGGUUCGACGAAAGUAUCAGAGUUCCUUCAUCAAAUACCUGAGUGUUGCUUUCAUAAUGGGCUUGAUUGGUGUCUGUUAUCAUAUGCCUGGCUUUAUUGCCACGGAGAGAGAAAAGGGCAUCUCUCAGCUCAUCGACGCCAUGAUGCCUACCAGCAAAGGUUGGCAUCGCCAAUUUGCCAGAUUAAUCUCUCACCACAAUGCCUUUACCAUAACGUACAUGCCAGGCUGGAUUGUCGCAUCUGUUGUCACCAGAGUCACCAUUUGGACAAACACAAGCUUUGGUAUUAUGAUUAUCUUCUUCAUCCUCAGUGGCAUCGCCAUUACUUCAAUGUCACUGCUUGGCGCAUCCUUCUUUAAAAAGGCCCAGCUAUCUGGCGUAGUGACUGCUGUCAUCUGGAUUGUGCUGGGUAUAGUGGCUCAAGUUAUUCCACAUCCCAAUACUGGAACAGUGGCCGUCUUGAGCUUGCUCUUCACGCCAUGCAAUUUUGUCUAUUUCGUCAUCUAUAUUGCUCGAUUCGAGCAAGAUGGGAAAGCCACGAAUCUAAUACACGCCCCUUCAAGCGCCACUUCUAGUCUUCCUGGUAUCGUCCACUGGAUCUUUUUCAUCAUUCAGAUGGUUGUAUAUCCCUUCAUUGCGGCCUUUAUUGAACAGACUCUACACGGCGUAUCAACAGGAACUCGGUCCUCGACAUCUCUCACAGACCCCGCCAGUGGUGUUGUAGAAGCUGUUCGCAUAGACAACAUGACCAAGAUCUACAAACCAAGCCUUCUUCGAAAAUUCUUCUCUUUCGUCUCACCACCAAGACCCGAGGUGGUUGCAGUCGAUAACUUGACAUUAACAGCCAAAAAGGGUGAGAUCUUGGCGCUCCUAGGUGCAAAUGGCAGUGGUAAAAGUACCACGCUUGACGUCAUCGCAGGCAUCAGUGAUUUCACCAGGGGCAAUAUCUCUGUUGAUACAUCUGGCGGCCUUGGUUUUGCUCCACAGCAAAAUGUUCUGUGGGAUGAAUUGACUGUGGAGGAGCAUAUCCGGCUCUUCAGUCGUAUUAAGAACCCACGCAGGAAGACCCCGGAAACCGAAAUCGCAACCUUGAUUGAUGCCAUUGGACUCCGCUCAAAGGCAAAAGCUUGGUCAAAAACGUUAUCUGGAGGCCAAAAGAGAAAGCUUCAGCUCGGAAUGAUGUUGAUCGGUGGCAGCUCUGUCUGUUGCGUGGACGAAGUCUCCUCCGGUAUCGAUCCCUUGUCGCGUAGAAAAAUCUGGGACAUCCUUCUGAAAGAACGUGGCUCGCGAACAAUCAUCAUGACCACGCAUUUCCUCGAUGAAGCAGAUCUGCUCGCUGACAAUAUCGCAAUUCUAUCCAAGGGCACUCUUAGGGCUGAAGGCUCUUCUGCUCAGCUCAAGGAUACUUUUGGUUCUGGUUACCGCAUUCAUUUGUUAGACCCGAGGAGCCUAGACGCUGUGCCUGAUUUCGAAGGUGUCACAAAAAAGAUUGCUACAAACAAUGUUACAUAUGUGGCAUCAUCUUCUGAUCAGGCUGCCAAGGUGAUUCGAGCUCUGGAAACCGCAGGGAUCCCGUACAGAUCAUCUGGUCCUACCAUCGAAGAUGUAUUCCUACAUUUGGCUGAAGAAGUUCAUGGCGACGGCUUGCAACAGAAAUCUGAUAUGGUACACGAAAAGGUCACCAAACUCGCAAGUGAAGUCCCCACCAUCAGCGAUAGUUUGCCGUUGCUAUCAGGACGACAGAUUGGUAUGAUUCAGCAGACCGGGGUACUUAUUCGAAAGCGAUUCACAGUCUUUAAGACGAAUUGGCUUCCUUACGCGGCGGCCUUUUUGGUUCCCAUCAUCGCCGCUGCAGUCAUCCAGAUUCUUAUCCGUAACGAUGACGCAGUAGGCUGCUCUCCUACGCAACGGAGUAGUCAUUCAUCAAACAAUGACUUCUUCAAGCUCUUGGAUACUGCUCAUCUUGUGGGUGGUCCCUCAUCUCAAUUUGGCGGGUCCUCGCUGGAGGGCUUGUUCAAGCCUAUUCUACCUAAACAAACUACAAGCUCUACCAAGAGAGAUGCUUCAACCACUUCUCUCGGCAAUGUCACCGUUGAUCUCGUGAGCUCGCUUUCCUCCUUUGAAGAUUUUGUUGAGAAUAAUCGAAGGACCGUUACGCCAGCGGGUUUAUGGCUCGGCGACUCAAACUCAUCACCAAUGUUGGCUUUCAAGGCGGACAACUUUUCCAUGUACUCUGCAGUCAUAGGCCAAAGUUUUCUGAAUACGAUACUAGCCAACACUACCAUCGUGACAGAAUACAAAGAAUUCGAUUAUCCUGUUGCUCCUUCAACCGGCAGAGGACUACAGUUGGUCGUCUACUUUGCAGUUGCCUGUUCCAUCUUCCCAGGUCUGUUUGGCUUAUAUCCAAAUACCGAAAGGCUCAGGAAUAUUCGCAGCUUGCAAUACUCAAGCGGUGUUCGUACUCUGCCUGUUUGGGCUGCGCACCUGCUAUUUGAUUUUGGCAUCAUACUGCUUCCCAUGAUCUUUGCUGCCAUGAUAUUUGUCGUAUCUUCAGAUUCAUGGUAUCAUGGAGGCUAUCUAUUCCCCAUUUUUAUCUUUUACGGUCUUACAACAAUUAUCAUCUCUUAUUUCAUUUCGCUCAUUGCCGCGAGCCCAAUGGCAACCUAUGCUUUGACCUCUGUCGUUCAGGGUUUGGGUUUUGCUAUUUACUUGAUUGCCUAUCUAUUCAUCCUCACGUACUCUCCUGCCGCCAACACUGGUCGUGAUGUUCUCAUCGCACAUUGGGUCAUUGCUAUAGUCUUCCCCACGGGCUCGCUAAUUCGCACCUUGAUGGUCGGUCAGAAUAUCUUUUCGACAACCUGCGAUAACGACCAGCUUCAAGCGAAUCCAGCCGCACUCGUCGCCUACGGAGGUCCUCUCCUGUAUCUCAUUCUACAAUCUAUAUUCUGGUUUACAAUAGUUGUCUGGGUUGAGAGUGGUGCUGGUCGAUAUACCCCCGAGAAAGCCAAAGCUUCCCCUGAGAUUGACGAUCCAGAAAUCGCUGAAGAACUACUUCGAGUAGAUGGCGCAGAGGGCCAAUCAGACGGCCUUCGCAUCGCCCACCUAACCAAAGCAUUUGGAAAGAACACCGCCGUCGACAACGUCUCUUUUGGCGUUAAGCACGGCGAAGUCUUUGCCCUCCUCGGUCCCAAUGGCGCAGGCAAAUCCACCACAAUCUCUCUAAUACGAGGCGACAUCGCACCCAGCCGCAACGGAGGCGACGUCUUUAUCGAAAACAUCUCCAUCACCAAGCGCCGCGCCGCCGCCAGAGCAAACCUAGGCGUAUGUCCUCAGUUCGAUGCCAUCGACAACAUGACUGUCAGCGAGCACCUCUGCCACUACUCCCACCUCCGCGGCAUCUCCAACGUAGACCACCAAGUCCCAGCCGUCAUCCGCGCCGUCGGACUGGAAGCCUACUCAGACGUCAUGGCACACACCCUGUCAGGAGGCAACAAGCGCAAACUCUCCCUCGGCAUCGCCCUCACUGGAAAUCCUCCCGUCAUUCUCCUCGACGAACCCUCUUCCGGUCUCGACGCAGCGGCCAAGCGCAUCAUGUGGCGCACUCUCGAGACCAUCGUCCCAGGACGCUCCAUACUCCUCACGACACACAGCAUGGAGGAAGCCGACGCUCUCGCCAACCGCGCAGGCAUCAUGGCCCGCCGCAUGCUCGCCCUCGGAUCAACAGAGAAGCUUCGCCACCGCUUCGGCGACACCUUGCACGUACAUCUCGUCAGCAAGACCGCACCGCACUCUUCUGCAGCCGAGAUGGAGGCUCUGCGUGUAUGGGUACUUAAUAACUUCUCUGGAGCUACGGUCGAGCAGGAGACGUAUCACGGACAGAUGCGCUUUUCGAUGCCUUCUUCUGCGGUGCCAAUGCUGGUCGGAAGUUCAAAUACCACGGAGAGCGCAAGGGGUAGACUCCUUAUCAUGCUGGAGGAGCAAAAAGAUUAUCUCGGUGUCGCGCAUUAUAGCGUCAGUCCUACCACAUUGAAUGAAGUGUUUUUGAGCAUUGUUGGGAAACAUGACGUCCAGGAAGAGGGAUAUAAUAGAGUUGAAGAGAGGACUGCGAGUCAGGAGAAGAGACCCUGGUGGAAGUCAAAGACCUUGUGGGCUUUCUAGAUCCAUCUAAUACUUUUCUUUUGUAGUUGAGCGAUU